AUGGGGGAAAGGAUACAAGUACAAAAAAGCUUUAUUUGUUCUUUUGUCAACUGCAAUGCCACCUUUAAUAAAUCAUGGAAGUUAGAUGCCCAUCUUUGCAAACACACAGGUUUGGUGAGUAUCUAUCCUUCCCAGCUGGCCUCUUUCAACAGAUGGUCCAAAACAGGUCUUGAAUUUUGAAUUUCUGUUAGAUCAGAUAAAUGAGCAGCCUACUGAGUUUCAUUUGACUACUACAUCAACGUGAAUGAAUGUCUGCGGGCAGAAACACAUGGGGAUUUUAGUAUUUGUUACAGAGGGAUCCAUGAUGGUGAUGUUUCUCUUCGACAGAAACCCUUCUCGUGUGAGAACUGUGACAAGAGCUUCUGUACCCGCUACCAGCUCACCAGACAUGGGCUGAGCCACAGUGGAGAGAAGCCAUACACGUGAGUAUGAAACUUCACAAUCCUAAAGGGCAAUGGUUCACGGUCACUGACCGGUUGUGUAUGAGCCUGGAUGACUGAUGUUUCUGCCUUCAACAAUGUUUCAUUGUUGCCUUUCCAAAUGAUUUGGCCAGACAGUCAGUUGGCUAAAGCAAAGAGACUGGCACCAAAGGUAGGGUUUAGUUGUAAAUGGGUUUUGAACCAAAUGUUACUGAAUGAACUUAAGUAGUAGCCUAACCAUUGUGCUGAGUCAUGCAAUGCAUCAAUCCUUUAACCUUCCCUCUGGUGUCCCAUCUGUUCCUGUGUGUAUCUGCAGGUGUCUGGCUGCAGGAUGCUCCGAGGCCUUCGUCACACAUGCCAGCAUGAAGAACCACAUGGCUCGUGUUCACCAGCACCAGGAGAAGCACUAUAAGGUUGGCUAAGCCGAAAUAAGAGUGAUACCGUGUGGUUUAGUCUGAAACAAAGCACUGAAAAAAUCGUUGACAUUUUCCUUACAAGACAGAAUGUUUAAUAAAUUGCAUUUGACUUUACUCUACCGCUGCUUGAAAUUUGAGACAAAAUAUCCACAGGAAAGUGUUUACGUGUCUCUUUAGUGCACCAGUAUUGAAGUUGACAUUUCUAUAGACUUGCCCAUGUGCAAAGCUAUGUAAACACCUGUUAGUAUGCGUGCAUGUACUUCUGUCUUGUGCACGUGCCUUCGGUCAUGGGCCAACCUCUUGAUUGCAACAGGUAGACCUGCUUCUUGACUGUUUAAUAUUUUCCUGUGGAUUGUCUGUCUAAAAUUUCAACCAGCUGGAUGACCAACACCACAGACAAUAUGCAGAGUAAGUUAAAAUAAUUGUAUUCCACAUUCGUGACAGACAAGGGCCGUUUAGUUUUAAUGUGCAUGGCGUUGCCUACACGGUUGACGGCAUUGUCACGUUUCAUGACUAAACCCUGAGGCUCACCUUCAUCUCCCGAUUGCCUUACAUUUCACUGAUCUCAAACAGUUGCUGGGAUAUCUUGAAUGCCUCGAGACUUCCACUCAACCAGUUUUGUGGGUGAGGAAGUGAUGUCGGACUACGACGAAAGUCCUGCUCAUUAUCAUUUAUCAGAUGUUUGUGAGAUGCUGUGAUUUGUGUUCCGUUUUAGUGUGACCACGUGGACUGUGGGAUGGAGUUCAAGAAGAAAAACAAACUCAAUAUACACAAGAUUAUACACACACAACUGCUGCCCUUUCAGUGAGUAUGACACACUGGCCUCUACAAGAGAAUGUAGGCUCUACCACAUUGGGCUGAACUCUGACCCUUUCCCACAGGUGCAACUUUGAGGGCUGUAAGAGAGAAUUUGCUGCUCCCGGACAACUAAAGCGCCAUGAGAAGGUGCACAAAGGUGAGCCCUGGACCUGCCACACCCAUCUCCUAGUCUUCUCAGAGGUCCUGUAGAUGUAAGCUUGUUUUAUCUAGCCAUAUCUUUUCACUCCCAGGUUACCCCUGUGCUGUGGAGGGCUGUCCAUUCCAGGGGAAGACUUGGUCAGAAUAUCAGAAGCACAGGAAGGCUGUGCACAGAGGUAUGUAGGCCCUCAAACAACGAACACGCCACCCUCUUAACUGUGCUCCAACUCUCAUCCCUUUGCAUUGUCUUGUGAACUCUCACAUGGUCCUAAAUGAUUUUUAUUGACUUAAAACUGAUCCAAUUGUAAAGUCUUCACUGGUUGUGUUCAGUCAAGCUGCAGUGCGAUAGCUGCAGUAGGAUGUUCCUGGAGGCAUGGUUCUUGAAGCAGCAUCAGCUGCGGGUUCACUCCGGUGCGCCCAAGAGGGUGUUCCAGUGCUCCGAAGCUGGGUGUGGGAAGACUUUCACCACACACUUCAACCUGGAGAACCAUGUCGUGUCAGACCACGAGGGCAAGAAGCCCUUCUCCUGUACCCACGCAGGCUGUGGCAAGAGCUUCGCUAUGCAGGUGAGCUCAUGGGACAUGACUCGAGUUACAAUAUGGUAUCCUAUCACUUCUAAAAUAGUUUUGCAUAACUCAAUCUGGCUCUUUCAGUGGAAUAUUUGGUGUAAAAUGACGUUUUAUAUUCCUUAGGAGAGUUUGAGACGACACCGAGUGGGUCAUGACCCAGAGAAGAAAAAGCUGCAGGUACACCACCGGUAUUGUUUGGUAUAUGGGGGAUGAACAGCAUCCCUUCAUGUAAUGUUAUAAAUACUGCUAUUUUCCUUUGCAGAAGGUACGCCCUAAAAAGAGCAAGCCGUCGCGUCAGACUGAGUUGGCGACAGCAUCCACACAGGCUGAGACCAGCAGACUGGUUGACAAACUCCAUAACACCAGCUUGGGCAACUCUACGCCAUAA